AUGAAUGGCGUGAUAUGGAAUAAGAUAAAGAAGACUUUCGUACCAAUUUCCAGUGUGCCGAUAUAUGCCAUCAUGCAGCAAGAACGUCUUAGACAAAGUCGAAUAUUGGAAACCCACAAUUUUCAAUUGGAAAACUUGACUUUAACGUCCUUUCAGGAAUCGCAAUUUUUCGAAUUUUAUGACAAUGAUACGAAAGUUACAGGAUUAUGCGGUGAAUUAUGGAAUCUUCUCUCUGAAAAAUUAAAUUUUACAUUACAGCCAAUAAGAUCAAACGAAACCAGUUUAGGUAAACCAGAUAAAAAUAAUAAUUAUCCGCAUGGAUUAUUAAACCUAAUGUUUCGUAAUGGAAGUAUAGCGAUACCAAAAAUCGAAACAUAUAUUAAUCGACUCAAAGUUGUUGAUUUUACAAUUCCUUUAUGGAUAAACAACCAACGAUUUUAUAUUCAUCAUGAAGUAGUACAUGACAGCGCAUGGAUGACAAAAAUAUUUUCCUGGAAGAUAUGGUGCUGUAUAUUGGUUACAUAUCUACUGCUAAGCGUAUUUAGUUUUUGGUCACAGUUUGUUCUCACACGAAUUGGAAAUAAUUAUAGACAUGCAUUCAUCGGCGAUCACAUGUUUUAUAACUUUGGAAUGUUAUGCAAUCAAAGCAAUAUCCCCGAUGUUCUUGUUGGAAGAUCAAAAAUAUUGGAAUUAUCGUUUGGUCUUUUUUGUUCUUUAUUGUACAUGGCAUUUGGUGCUGUAUUAUUUAUUUUUAUAACAAAAAUUAACGUUAUACCACCAUUUAAAAAUCUGGAUUCUCUGAUAAGGGAUACUACAUAUAAUGUUGUCGUUCUAAACGGUUCUAUCGGAUAUAUCGGAUUUCAGGUAUCAAUAAAAUUUAUCCUACAGAUUAGAACAAACAAAGCAAAACGCGUUAACAUUGUGUCAACAGUCGAGCAAAUGUAUAAAAUGGCGUGUGGCAAAAUACAAAGAGGUACAAAAAAAUAUACUAUAUUCCAAGGUGAGGACGAGCACAAAACGCGAGACAAAAUAUGUCAUACGAUCCCAAUGGGGGAUAAAUAUAUGACGGUGUGGAUAACUUCGGGCAUCGUAAAGAAUUUCAAGUAUAAGAGGACUAUCGAUCUUGGGAUACUCAGAUUGAAGGAAAUUGGAUUGUGGGAUGUGUUAAAAGAUCGUUGGUUAAAUGAAAAAUUCUUACCGAAAGACGAUGAACUGAAAGGAAUUGGAAUGGAUCAAGUUUUCUUAAUAAUUUUAAUGAUGUGCUGUGGAAUAAUAAUAGCUCUUCUUAUUUUUGUAAUCGAGAAAAUUGUAUACGCUUAUAAA